AUGGAAGACGUGGGAAGUCGACCAAACAAGAAGAGAAGGAUAAACGACGCGUCUACCUCUAAUCAUGCAGACAUUUCGGCCACCCACGGCUUGCAAAGUGGCAAACUUAUGGCGCUACAAAGGUCGAGAGAGCUUUUGCCAAUAUGGCCUGGCAAGGACGCCAUUGUAGACGCAGUGAAACACUCAGACUCGGUUGUCAUUAUUGGAGAACCAGGAAGUGGAAAAACUACGCAGGUCCCCCAGUACCUUCUCGACGCUGGUCUCAUCUCCCCCGAAGGAUUGAUAGCCGUCACCCAACCGAGAAAAGUCGCCGCAACGACCAUCGCAGCUCGGGUUGCACAAGAGAGAAAUGCAAAACUGGGCUCCGAAGUGGGAUACGCAAUCCGUUUCGACGACCAGUCCUCGCCAGAGACACGAAUCAAGUUUUACACAGAUGGCAUGCUCCUCAGGGAGAUGCUCAAUGAUUCCCAAUUAAAGAGGUGUGAUGUUGUCAUCGUGGACGAGGCGCACGAGCGAACGCUUCGCACAGACGUGCUCCUCGCCAAUUUAAAGCGAAUUCAAAAGGCGCGCAGCGCAGAACCCAACGAUAAAAAGGAGGGGAAACGAAAGGAGCGAUGGGAGAGACGUCCCCUCAAGAUUAUCGUCAUGAGCGCCUCUCUUCAAGCCGAACGAUUUAGUCGAUACUUGAACAAUGCCCCUGUUCUCUAUGUAAAGGGUCGACAACAUCCCGUUAGGCUAUUCUAUUCCAAAACCUCGCAAGAAGACUACCUAGAUUCGGCAUUGCGGACGUUCUUUCAAAUCCAUUACGAAAAGGAACCAGGGGACGUCUUGAUCUUCCUUCCUGGUCAAGAAGACAUUGAGAAUCUCGCGUCGACGAUCAAAUUGUAUGCCGCUCAACGGCCCAUGGACAGCCUCGACGUCGCCGUCCGACCGCUCUACGCCGCUCUGCCAGUGGCCAAGCAGCAUGAAGCGUUUUACAAAGCACCCCAAAACACGCGCAAAUGUGUCUUGGCCACGAAUAUAGCGGAGACUUCGGUCACGAUACCAAAUAUUCGCUUCGUGAUUGAUUGUGGUCUCUGCAACGAAAAGCGCUACCUCGCACCUGAAAAGGGCCCUGGUAUUGAACGGCUCUCCCCGACCGAGAUAAGUCAAUCAUCUGCCAUACAAAGAGCAGGUAGAGCUGGUCGAGACGGACCAGGCAAAUGCUUUCGAUUAUACACGGAACAGACGUACAAACAACUCUUACCCGCACAAAUCCCAGAGAUCAAGCGCUGCGAUCUCAACUUUGCUAUCCUCCAACAAAAGUCGUUUGGUUACGAUAUCGAGGAGAUGGAUCUCAUGGAUAAGCCAGAGCUAAAUGCCGUCAAAGCGUCAAAGACGAUCCUCAAAAUCCUUGGUGCCGUCAAUCAACAAUUCGAAAUCACCUCGGUGGGCAAACUGAUGGCCAAGCUCCCUCUCGAACCACACUUGGCCCGUGCAUUAUUACAAUCGAAGGAAAACGGCUGCACAAAGGAGGUGAUCAGCAUCGUAUCCAUUCUCUCCGCGUCGUCCAAGGUGUUUUACGAUCUCCCGAAUAACGAAGACCGAGAAGCGGCGUUCCAAGCGCGUUCCAAGUUUCAUCACCCAUCCGGCGACCACCUCACACUCCUCAACGUCUUUCGCGCCUACGACGAAAUAUCCGAGGGAGUCAAAUCCUCUUCGUCUUCCAAUGGGCAGAAUGGUAUUGGGCGCGGUGAGAGAAAGGAGUGGUGUCGACGGCAGUUUUUGAAUGAGCGUGCGCUUGCAGAGGCCACCCGGAUUCGGGAUCAGCUCGAGCGGGCGUGUCAGCAGGCUUCUAUUGAUCCCAAGCAAAGCUGUGGAGAUGCACAUGAGCCCGUCCUCAAGUCGCUCUUUCGUGGCUUGGUUCAUCAUACUGCCUUGAAGCAGCUGGAUGGUUCGUACAAAGCUGGUGAAUUGCCUAUCAAGAUUCAUCCAUCGUCUGUACUCUGUGAUAAAAAGCCCACUGGGCUCAUGUAUGAAGAACUCGUUCUUACUAGUUUCCACUACGCACGGUGUGUAUCCGCGUUUCCUCCAGCCUGGCAGAUGGAGUGGUCAGACUCGUUGCGCAAGUCAUUGUAA